AUGUGUGAAACAACGUGCGAUCGAGCUCGCAAGGGUGACCUGCGAAAGAAGGGCGGAAGUCGUACCCUGCUUCAAACCACAUGGCUCCACCAUCAUGUUGGUUUUUUGGCUGCAGUCUCGCACCAGGACUACAGCUUUGUGGAGCUGGACAACAAGCUGAAAGCCAUCAUCGGAUCCGAUCCAGAGUGUGACAAGGCUGGAGCUGCCCUUUGUGUGAAUGUGGGCAUGUGCCACGAGAGGAAAGACCUACCAGGACUAGCUCACUUUCUGGAGCACAUGCUUUUCACGGGCACGACAAAGUACCCCAAAGAAGGCGAGUACCAUGAGUUCAUGAAUCAGAACGGUGGCAUGGCAAAUGCGUUUACGCUUUGCUACUUCACAUGCUACAUGUUCGAGGUGAAGCCUGAGUGCCUGGAGGAGGCGCUGGACCGCUUCUCGCGCUUCUUCACCGAGCCGCUGCUGACGCGGGACUGCACCGAGCGCGAGAUCAAUGCAGUUGACUCCGAGUUCCAGGCCGGCAAGACCUCACCCUGGUGGCGUUAUGUCGGCAUCAUGAACAUGAGCGCGAACCCAGACCACCCCUUCCAUGUGGCGGUGGGCAACAACAAGGUGCUCCUCGACGAGCCGAAGGAGCGGGGCAUCGACCUCUACGAGGAGAUGAAGAAGCUCUACGAGUCCACGUACUCGGCCAAUGGCAUGACGCUCUGUGUCUUUGGCAAACAGCCGCCGGGUGAGCUGCACAAGAUGGUGGCCGAGAAGUUUGGUCCCAUCGUCAACAAGGGCUUGACCAUGCCCAUUGGAGACAGUGUCAGUGACAAGCCGGCUUUUCUGCCCAGCGAGUGGCACCAGCAACUGCUGCAGAACCCAGUUCAGGAUGUCAAGGAUUUGACGUUCGUUUGGGUCAUUCCCUUCCAGGAUCCGCUUUGGAGAUCCAAGCCUUCGCUCUACAUCUCUCACCUGUUGGGCCACGAGGGCGAGGGCUCAGUCAUCGCGAAACUGAAGCAGCAGGGGCUGAUAUCGGGAUGCGGUGUGGGCGACGGCAACUGGCUGGAAGGAGCCUUCAGCUUGCUGAAGGUGAACUUUGAUCUGACGGACAAGGGCCUGGACUCUGUCCAGGAGAUUGGGCAGCACCUGUUUGCCUACCUCGGUCUGUUGCAGAAGAUGCCUCCAGAGAAAUGGAUCUUCGAUGAGAUGCAGAAGUUGGGCGACAUCCGCUUCAAGUUCAGAGAGGACGCUUCGCCAUUCACACUCUGCCCUCAAGUUGUUUCGACCCUGCAGAAGAUGCCGCCCUCAGAAGCGCUUUGUGGCGACUACAUGCUCUACGAGUAUGAUCCAGAUGCCAUCGUCUCCUUGCUCUCCAAGCUGUCCUUAGGCAGCGUUCGAGUCCAAGUGCAAGCCAAGAAGCUCGCAGACCGCUGCACGAUGACGGAUACCUCAUACGGCUCUCCAAUGCAGCUGCUUCCGAUAGAGCCCAAGUGGUUAGAAGCCUGGUCAGAUGCCAUGAAUGCGAGCGGUACGGCAGAGGCAUCGAAGAAGAUCACUACCGAGCUUGGGCUGAGCUUGCCGAAGCCGAAUCCCUUCAUCCCGGAGGAUCUAUCGCUGAAGCCCCAGCCGCAGGAGCCGCAGGCCUUACCAGUGCUCUUGAAGGGCACGGAGCCCAUGAUGUGCGUCUUUCACAAGCAAGACGACACAUUCAAGCAGCCAAAGGCCCGGGUCAGUUUCUCCAUCUACUCGCCCUUCUUCACGCAGGAUCCGGCGAACUACACCAAGACCGAGCUCUGGUGCCGAUGUGUGGAGGAGGCUCUUCAGGAGUACGCCUACGACGCGGAGGUUGCUGGAGUCGAGUACUCGCUUGGAAUAGGCUCUGCAUGCCUGCGACUUGUGCUUGCAGGCUACAAUGACAAGCUGCACGUGCUUCUUGAUGCAGUCACCGAAAAGAUGGUCUCCAUGGUAGAGGUUCCAGAGCAGAUCUUUUCCAUCGUGGCGAGCGGCAUGGGAGAUGAUCUCCGGAACCAGGCCUUUCAUUCACCUCCGUACGUGCAGAGCAACUUGCGCCUGGAUGAACUGACGAUGCGUGGGACGUCCUUCCCGGCCUACCAACGGCUUGAGGCGUUCGACAAGAUCACUUGCGCUGACUUGAAAGGCCUCGUGGAGCAGUUUUUCGCGGGCGGCGCUCAUGUAGAGUCCCUGAUGCUGGGAAAUCUCACGGCCGACGACGCCCGACUUCUUUCCUCGAAGCUGAUGGCGGGCCUCAACCUCCGCAAGGCGCUUCCAGUGCUGCCGACACGCGCGGAGGCUUGUCUCCCUGAUGGAGCCACUCUCUGGGAGCUGGACAGCACGGAUGCCGAAGACCCCAACCAUGCGGUGUUCCUGAAGAUUCAGAUGCAGAGUGGAUUAGAGAAUGAGAUGUUGACCUUUCUUCUAGACAAGGCGAUAUCGUCGAAGUUCUUUGACCUGCUGCGCACGCAGCAACAGCUAGGAUACAUUGUACAUCUGGUGGCAUCUGUGCCAGUGAUGGCACCCUAUCUGCUUGCUUUCAUUCAGACGGAGUUCAAUCCGAAUUAUGUCAGAGGAUGUAUGGAGAAGUUCCUCGAUAAGCACUUCUCCUUUGUGGAAGAGACCAUGACAGACGAGGAAUUCGAGACCUGCAAAGCCGGUCUGCUUUCAGAGCUGCGGCUGAAGCCUAAGAACAUCGCCGAGGAGGCGAAGCGCUUCAGCCGGGUCUUCACGGACCGCACCUUCGACUUCGAUCGCCGGGCAAGAAGCAUCCGCUUCGUCGAGGCCUCCACCUUGGAGAUGCUGCGGAGCUUCGUUCGGGAUCAGGUCCGCAAGGCUCCUCGCAUCUACAGCCAAGUUAAGAAGCUCCUCGACAAGGAGGACAAGCCGCUACCCAGCGAUGCCGAAAUUCCCGGAAAAGAGAACUUUAGGCCUGGCGGCUUUCAGACGUUUUAG